AGGGCUUUGAGAUUUCCCCAAAUCAAAAUGUCCGGCAGCGAGUGAUGGUUGGCACAUGCAAGCACAAGUCUGACAAAGAAGUUGAUUGUUUACAGUGGCUUAAAAACCGGCUCUGGAGCUUUAAAUGGAAAGAAUGAAUAAGAAGGAAGACAAACCAGUAAUCCAGUUGCUGCUGAAGGUAGACAAAGCAAAUUUGGCACUUGAAGAAGAGUACUCGGCUUUUAAGGUGGGUGGCAGUAGAGUAGGAUCGCUCGAUUCCAAAGGAGGCGCUGUGAGAAUGCAGUAAAAGGAAUGGACGGCUGCAGUGCAAAGGAGGACAGACCAUGAAACUAGUCUUUCUUGUUGGUUCAAAUCCCUACCGUAAAAGAAAGUAUGAGAACUUUCAGUCACAGCAGAAAAGAGAAGAAAGAUGUGAUGACAAUAGUCCACCUUCAGCUAUGAAGAAACUUUUUUUUUGUUUUCAACGAGAACUAGAUCAGAGACAUGAUAAAUAUGAGCGACUAGUAAAACUAAGUCGAGAUAUUACAAUUGAAAGUAAAAGGACAAUUUUCUUGCUUCACAGAAUAAGCAGUACUCCUGAUACGAGCGAUAUUCUAGCAGAGUCCGUUACCAAACUGGAUACUGUUAGACAGAAAAUCAAGAUGAUUGCUCAGGAGCUCGUUGGAGAAGACAUGCAUCAGUACCACAGAGCUUUUUCUCCAGGACUUCAGGAAUAUGUAGAGGCAGUCACUUUUCAGUAUUAUAUACAAACGAGAAGUCUAAUGCGUCUUGAUGAAAUUAACAAGCAGUUGGUAUUUCCUCAUGAAGAAAAUGAAAAGUUUGAAGAAGCUUCUGAUGAUAAUGAAGAGAAAGGGAAGGAGGAACAACAAUCUCUUUCUUUGCAAGUGACACCCAUUGAUUACUUGCUUGGUAUUGCUGACUUAACGGGAGAACUAAUGAGAAUGUGCAUUAACAGCGUUGGCAAUGGUGACAUAAGCACACCAUUUGAACUGAGCCAGUUUCUGCAACAGAUUUAUGAUGGGUUUUCAUACAUUGGUAAUACAGGGCCAUAUGAAGUAUCUAAGAAGCUGUACACAUUGAAGCAGAGUCUUGGAAAAGUCGAAGGUGCAUGCUAUACAUUAAAAGUCAGGGGAUCAGAAAUUCCAAAACACAUGCUUGCAGAUGUAUUCUCUUCUAAAGCCAUCAUAAUUGACCAAGAUGAAGGCAUUUCAUAAAUUACUUCUUUCUUAUUGUACGUGUUGUUUGGGUAUUGAGCAUAGUAACAUGUUCAGCUUGCAUUUUCAUUGAAGUGCAAACUGUGUAUGGUUCUGUUUUAAACUGCUUAAAUAUGUCCUCCAGAUAAGCAUUUAAACAUAAUUAAAAAAGGCUGACUGGAUUUUUGCAUACCGUUUCAUAAUGCCAUGAAUAUAACUAGUUUGUGAGAACUGUAGUAUAUAUUGACCGGUUUGUUUUUUUGGGAAAUCUUUUUCUACCAACUGCUGAACUUAACAGUCCUGUUAAAAUAUCUUCAGUAGUGUAUAUGUUUAAUAUUGACAGCUUUUCAUUACGAUUUUAAGAGACUGUGGAGGGUUUAUUGCAUUCAAAAAUUGUUUCAAAUGGAAAUUACAGAUGUACAAACCUC